AUGGCUCUUAGCGAGGACGCUAAAACGAUUAUCAUCGGCACCUGUGUAUUUUGGGGUUUGUGCAUCUUCAUCAUGCCUUUCACCAUUUUGUGCGGUAAACAGGCUGGUUUGAUAAGAACUAUGACUUUCUUGUCUGCUUUAUGUUGUUGGUCCAUGUGGAUUUUAGUUUUCCUUUCUCAAAUCAACCCAUUGAAGGCACCUGAAAGAGCCGAGUCAGAAGGAUGUGUAGUCCAAUAA